AUGACGUAUCUAUCUAUCUAUCUAUCUAUCUAUAAAUCCCCUUUUCUUCACACCACUUCCACGACCAGCGCACACCUCGCAGGCUCGGCACGCGUUCUUUUCAUCCGGCCGCCGCCCUCCUCGGCUGUCUUCAACACCUUCUUCCUUUCUUUCAUUUUCUUCUUUCUUUCUUUCUUUCUUUCUUUGCCACCUCUUAUUAGCUUCUUUCUUUCUUUCUUUCUUUCUUUCUUUCUUUCUUUCUUUCUAAUUGUCCUGAUUGUUUCUUCUUUCUUUCUUUUUCUUAUCUAUCUAUCUAUCUAUCUAUCUAUCUAUCUAUCUAUCUAUCUAUCUCAGUCUGUUCAUCUAUCUAUCUAUCUAUCUAUCUAUCUAUCUAUCUAUCUAUCUAUCUAUCUAUCUCAGUCUGUUCAUAUCUAUCUAUCUAUCUAUCUAUCUAUCUAUCUAUCUAUCUAUCUAUCUAUCUAUCUAAAAUGCGAAUGUGGCAAAGGAGCAUCUGACCUUCCCACCACCCAGCCAUUUCAAAAGCGGCCAACAGACCAAACGGAGAUGACCAGCGAUUUGAUUUGGCAACACAAACAAGAGAAUACUGGCUUGAAGAGACUUCAGAGAGACUUUCAGAAUGAAUAUAACGCUGUGAAAUAUAUUCAGAAACAAUAUGAGCAUGAUAUCAAUAAAAAACAACUGGAACACCGGAAAAUGAUCAGAAAUUUUACAAGUACCGAAAUCAAUGCUAAAACUGAUCAUCAACAGAAAGUGAACAAGGUUAGUGAGACACAUACGACAGUAAUAUCUAUCUAUCUAUCUAUCUAUCUAUCUAUCUAUCUAUCUAUCUAUCUAUCUGUUGUGUCAAGUUUCAACACUAUCUAUCUAUCUAUCUAUCUAUCUAUCUAUCUAUCUAUCUAUCUAUCUAUCUAUCUAUCUAUGUUAAUCUUUCCCUUUAUGCUAAUCUAUCUAUCUAUCUAUCUAUCUAUCUAUCUAUCUAUCUCUGUUAAUCUUUCCCUUUAUGCUAAUCUGCUUCUAUCUAUCUAUCUAUCUAUCUAUCUAUCUAUCUAUCUAUCUAUCUAUCUAUUCAAUGCACCAAUAAAAAUCUAUCUAUCUAUCUAUCUAUCUAUCUAUCUAUCUAUCUAUCUAUCUAUCUAUCUAUCUAUCUAUCUAAUUUCAAUACCGAAUGAGAGGUACGUAUUAUUCUUAUUCCAUUGA